GUUCACGGCUGACAGACGUGGUGGCAGGAGGCAGGUUGCACUAGAAGCGGGUGCGUUCGACAGGAAGGGAAGGAGCUGCACAGUCGCUAUGGCGCCGCGGCAGCAGAAGAGCGGGAGUUCGGGUCCUGCCAUUGGGAUUGACCUGGGGACGACGUACAGCUGUGUGGGCGUCUGGCAGCUUGAUCGCGUAGAGAUCAUCGCCAACGACCAGGGUAAUCGUACGACGCCGUCCUAUGUCGCUUUCACCGACACGGAGCGAUUGAUUGGCGAUGCUGCGAAGAACCAGGCGGCCAUGAAUCCGGCAAACACGGUGUUCGAUGCGAAACGGCUGAUCGGGCGCAAGGKGAGCGACCCGUCCGUGCAAGCGGACAUGAAGCUGUGGCCUUUCAAGGUGGUGGCCGGCAGCGGGGACAAGCCCAUGAUCAGCAUCGGCUACAAGGGAGAGUCCAAGCAGUUCGCCCCCGAGGAGAUAUCGUCGAUGGUGCUGACGAAGAUGAAGGAGACCGCCGAGUCGUACCUGGGGAAGGAGGUGGGGAACGCGGUGAUCACGGUGCCGGCGUACUUCAACGACUCGCAGCGGCAGGCGACCAAGGACGCGGGCGCCAUAGCGGGGCUGAACGUGCUGCGGAUCAUCAACGAGCCCACGGCGGCAGCCAUCGCGUACGGGCUGGACAAGAAGGACAAGUCGGGCGGGGAAGCGAACGUGAUGAUCUUCGACCUGGGAGGCGGGACGUUCGACGUGUCGCUGCUGACGAUCGAGGACGGCAUUUUCGAGGUGAAGGCGACGGCCGGGGACACGCACCUGGGAGGGGAGGACUUCGACAACAGGAUGGUUCACCACCUGGUUCAGGAGUUCAAGAGGAAGCACAAGAAGGACAUCACGGGGAGCGCGAGGGCGCUGAGGAGGCUGCGGACGGCGUGCGAGCGCGCGAAGCGCACGCUGUCCACCACGGCGCAGACGACGAUCGAAAUCGACUCCCUCUACGAGGGGAUCGACUUCUACACCACNACGGCGUGCGAGCGCGCGAAGCGCACGCUGUCCACCACGGCGCAGACGACGAUCGAAAUCGACUCCCUCUACGAGGGGAUCGACUUCUACACCACGAUCACGCGCGCUCGCUUCGAGGAGCUGAACAUGGACCUGUUCCGGAAGUGCAUGGACCCGGUGGAGAAGACGCUGCGCGACKCSAAGAUGGACAAGUCGCAGGUGACGGAGGUGGUGCUCGUCGGMGGSUCGACSCGMAUUCCCAAGAUCCAGCAGCUGCUGUCAGACUUCUUCAACGGGAAGGAGCUGUGCAAGAGCAUCAACCCCGACGAGGCGGUGGCGUACGGCGCGGCGGUGCAGGCGGCCAUCUUGACGGGCGAGACGAGCGAGAAGGUGCAAGAUCUGCUGCUCCUGGACGUGACGCCGCUCAGCCUGGGAAUCGAGACGGCCGGCGGCGUGAUGACGGUCCUCAUUCCGCGGAACUCCACGAUCCCGACGAAGAAGGAGCAGGUCUUCUCCACGUACGCGGACAAUCAGCCGGGCGUGCUGGUCCAGGURUACGAGGGCGAGCGCGCCAGAACGCGGGACAACAACCUGCUGGGCAAGUUCGAGYUGUCGGGCAUUCCUCCYGCRCCGCGYGGCGUGCCCCAGAUCACCGUCRCYUUCGACAUCGACGCCAAUGGCAUCCUGCACGUKAGUGCGGAGGACAAGAGCACCAAGCAGAGGAGCAAKAUCACGAUCACCAACGACAAGGGGAGGCUGAGCAAGGAGGAGAUAGAGCGGAUGGUGAGGGACGCGGAGAGGUUYAAGUCGGAGGACGAGGUGGCGAGGAAGAAGGUGGACGCCAAGAACGGGCUCGAGAAUUACGUGUACAACCUGAGAAACAGCGUGCUCAAGGAUGACAACGUGGCGUCCAMGCUGGACCCGGCAGACAAGGCGAAGAUGCAGAAGAAGGUGGAGGAGGUGAUGGCYUKGCUGGAUMGCAAUCAGCUGGCGGAGSUGGACGAGUUCGAGGACAAACAGAAGGAACUGGAGAGCCUGUGCAAUCCGAUCAUGUCCAAGMUGUAYGCUUCGGCGGCCGGGSCCGGCGGCAUGGGCGGAGGAGGUGCGGGGGUUUUCCCCGCCGGGGGCSCAGCAGCACAUGGCAAGGCGACGGCGGGAGCAGCGGGAAACGGCCCCGUCAUCGAGGAAGUUGACUAAAGGUUGUUAAUUGAAACUGAUUGAUCGAUCGAUUGACGUGUGUUCAAGCAGAUGACGACGGUGUUGCCGGUGUGUCGGAACACCGCGGACUGUAUAGGCCCUGGGGUAAUUUUUAUCGUAAAGAGGCAUUUGUUCGGAGUCUUGUCAGGCAAGGCUCCUUCUGUACAGCGGCAUUUGUUUCUCACUGGAAAACGUUGUUGUUGUUAUUAGCACUUGCAGGGCGCGUCUGAGUCACUCUUGCGUGGGAGGGGUAUGGGUUGUGCUGUUCAAAGAGUGGUAGGUAGGUAGGGACAGGGACACGAGGAAGAUGUCGAGGGGGAGAGAGACAUCUAACAAUGUGCUUGGAGGUCUGGUUUUGGCGAUCGCUGGCACCGCCCGUAGUGUACGCAGUGUAAUUUGCCACGUCGGCGAGGCAGCUAUGUUCAAGACGCGUCGCAAUUCUUUUGGGCGAUGAUUUACGAUCUCGUUCACACACACUGCUUGUGAGUAGUACGCCACCAUAUUGAGCGGCUGUUUUAUUCUGUCGAACCAGAUCGAGUGAUGGACAAUCUACGGCGGCAGAUGGAGCAUCUCAACUUCAACUGAAGUCGAAUGGAGUGCAGGCAGAUGAUCGAUGAUCCGGCGUUGUUUGGUCUCAGACCUGCAUAGUAGGCGCCUCAUAAACCCUCGUGUGAAUUAGUACAAAAACGGCCUCACAUUUCCUCAGCUAUGCUGUCCAGGAGUGAUCAGCUCCCUUCGCGGCAAGGAUAAUGAGCUUUGUCGAGAAGCGGUGUGUGGCGCUGCUGCCGGAAUCUGUGGAGGAUUGCGGAGGUCGUCUCUUGGAUCUGAAGCAGGCAGAAUGUAGGCAGAAUGUACAUCCCUCCGAUCCAUGCCUGCACGUGACAUAGUUUAUUACGGCAGUGUACCUCGCUAAUCUAUUGGACGCAGUUCACGAGGCACAUGAUUAUGCCGCCGAGCUAAUCCCACACAACAGGAGGCAGGACGAGUUUUCGGGUCUUCAUCGGAAGGCAGGGUUUACUUCACAAGGCUGCGUGCCAACGUGAAGGAUUCCAUCUCUAAAAGGAAAAGCAGGUGCAGGCUGUGCAGAUGCACAGAAGACGCGCUAUGUACAGAGAAUUGGGGUAAAGCGUGGAAAAGAUAAUGCUACUGGUAGUUGUGAGGGGGUUGCCACAUGGCAUCUGAUUCAAGGGUAAGCCACGUGUCUUGCUUGAUAAGACAUGCAUGAUUAGUGUACGUCUUUGGUUCGGUGGUCGUACUGCCGCCGUUUCUUAUCAUAUGCGGAUUCGGAGAUACCGACCGUUGUUGAUCUUGGCGAUCUACGGCCACAGCGCUUUUUUUUUUUUUUUCCAAAGACCCAGGCUUGAUCUGCACUGAACUGAAAGUGGAUGGAGGACGGACGGUUGAGAGUUGAGACAGCGGGUCGGUUGGUAGAUUUGCAAGAUGUAAAUAGCUGCAAUUGUCUAGAGGCGGCGGAUUUGUAUCUUUGUGACGAAAAGAGUCGUUCAAUUGUUUCGAAUAAUAUAAUCCAACUGGCGAUGCAGUUUGUGUCG